UGUGGAAAGACAAAAAGUUGAUUUGUUCCUCAGAGGCUGCAGCUCAGCACAUCCAGCCAAAUUCGCAUGUCUCGCUGCGUCAGCGCGUGUUUCUGUAGGCGAGGACACAUAUGGUGAUGAGACUGAGCACAUGUGUUAUUGUCGCCUCCUCCAAGUUAAUCUCUGAAGAGGAGGUGUGGUUGCUUCCUCUUUCUCUUGGAUUCCAAUACUGAAUAUUCAACAGCAUUUUGCCUCAAGCUUUGCACCGAACGUCAGUUUUGACUGUGAAACAUCCUCCGGUGGUUCGAUUUUGAUACUUUACCUGGGUUUUGGUCUUCUGCCAUCUGUCUAAAAUGAGUUUCAGCAGUGACAUGGAUGAGACGGAAGAUGGGAGCAACAGAGAGUUUGAGAGCGUGGAGAUGAAUAAGCUGCGUCAGAGCCUGCGCAGGAAGAAGCCCACCUACGUGCCGGAGGCCAGCCGGCCGCACCAAUGGCAAGCAGAUGAAGAGGCUGUACGAAAGGGCAAAUGCAACUUUCCUGUCCGGUACCUCGGUCUGGUGGAGGUAGAGGAGUCCAGAGGGAUGCAUGUGUGCGAAGAAGCAGUGAAAAAACUGAAAGUGAGUGGGAAAAAAACUGUCAAGGCUGUGCUUUGGGUGUCUGCUGAUGGCCUGAGAGUAGUGGAUGACAAAACCAAGGACCUCAUUGUUGACCAGACCAUUGAGAAAGUGUCUUUCUGCGCACCUGACCGUAAUUACGAUAAGGCAUUCUCCUACAUCUGCCGUGAUGGAACGACUCGCCGCUGGAUGUGCCACUGCUUCAUGGCCUUGAAGGACUCGGGUGAACGUUUGAGUCAUGCGGUUGGAUGCGCCUUUGCUGCUUGCCUUGAGCGGAAGCAGCGCAGAGAGAAGGAGUGCGGGGUCACGGCUUCCUUUGAUGCAAGCCGCACUUCUUUCGUGAGGGAAGGCUCCUUCCGCAUCUCCUCUGCUGGACAGCAAAGUGACCGUGAGGACAUCAUGAAACAGCUGCAGGACAAAAAGAAAGAAGCAUGUGGCAUUUCUGCAAUGCCACCUGGAAAUGCUUCACCUCCAGAGGGAGCGGCUUCACCAGGGGAGAGGGCGGAGCCAGGUGGUCCUCACGCCAUCCCGCGCAGACACGCCCCUAUCGAGCAGCUGGUGCGGCAGGGCUCUUUCCGUGGCUUCCCUCAACUUAGCCAGAAGAACUCACCGUUUAAACGGCAGCUCUCCCUACGCUUGAACGAUCUCCCAUCAACCCUGCAGCGCAAGACGGACUUCCAGACCAAGAACCCAGUUCCAGAGAUGGAUCUGUCAGUGGCAGGAGAGGCAGACAGCAUAAACGCUCUGUGCAGCCAAAUCAACAGCUCUUUCACCAAACCCUCUGAGGACCUGUGUGCCAAAGCCACCAGCAACUGCUUGCCAGUUUGCAGCGCUCCACCUGCCAUUCCCCCUCCACCUGCUCCCCUGCAAGCUACAAGCUCAUGGGUUCAAACAGAGCCUGCUGUCCAGUCUCCUCCUCCCGUGCCUCAGGGCGGCCACAAACGAACCCCAUCUGAAGCAGAGCGCUGGCUGGAGGAGGUGGCUAAAGCGGUGAAAGCCCAGCAGCAGACUCCACCUACUCUACCGCCACCACCCACUCAGCAACCUCCACCCAUGCCCACCAUUCCCAUCGCACCUGGUUCCCUCCCCACCUCAAUGCAGCCAUUCCCAAUGGCCUUUGACGUCACUCCCGCACCUGUUGGCAUGUUCGCCCAACAGCCUCUUCAACCGGCUUUUGUACCUAUGCAGCCAUACAUGCCCAAUCUGGCCAACAGCAUGACCUAUCCGAAUGCCAGUGUACCAGUAGUGGGCAUCACACCAUCACAAAUGGUUGCUAAUGUAUUCUGCACCGCGGCCAGUACAGGGGGUGGAGUGGCGAUGGGAGUCGGGAUGGGGCCUAAGACAGGUACGCUUGGCGGUGGUCAAAAUUCGGCUUUUCCCACCCUGCCCGGAGGUUUCCCAACCACCACAUUCGCCUCUCCUCCAACCGUCAACGGCCACCCGCACAACUCUUUUCCAUCAACGACCGCGACCACCAGUGUUACUCAAAACGGUAGUACCGUAAAAAGCGGUACCAGUUGGCCGAUGGAGGGUCUGAAUCCGAAUCCCACAAGCAGUUCCCAGGAAGCAGAGCAUUUUGAGGCGAAGUGGGCUGCUCUGGAGUCCAAAUCGCAACCGAAAGGCGCAAAACCCUUUUUCGAAUGACUUACAAAAGACUUUUGAGAUUGAACUAUAAUUGUAAGGAGAGUCUGAAAGUCUGGAACUGUUUCAUAACCCAUUCCCCUUCCCCUUUUUUGGUCUCCUAAAGGGUUUUCUUAUGCUCCUGGUCUGUUUAAGGGCAUUGGUUGUUGUAAAAGAUCAUCCAGUUGCAUUUUGUGUCAUUUUGAGAGUCAGACUCAAGAUUUGGAGAACGGAAAGACAGUCACAAUGGUUCGGCACUUACAGGACGGCUUAAAAGAGAAACCUGCACAUUACUUUUACCAGUAAUGACCCUUGCUUGGAAAAUGAAUCAUUUUACCUAAAGGAAAUACUGAAAUUAGGGGAUGGUCAGAAUCUAUUUAUUGUUUUUAUUUGAUUAUAAUGGUUAUUUUUAAUCAGAAUUUAAUUAUUCUUGGGUUUCCCUUAUUUAUUUUUAUUGAUCAGGGUGAAAAAUUACAAGUGGAGUAAAUUGGCUACUUGAAAACUGACUCACCAAAUGGAUAGAUUUAAAAAAUUAUUUGAGCUGCAGUAUCUUGUAGAACUGAGUUUACUUUGUGAUGUAAAUAGCAUGCUUUCAGUUUACUUUUAUUUAUUGCCCUUUCUGUUGCCAUUUAUUUUCAUUAAUUUCAAAUGAAUCCGUCGUGAACCAUUGAAGAAUCCGUUCUGAACCAAGUGGAUACCAAAAGUUCCACUAACAGGCACAUUCCAACCCUGAUUUUACUAUCGACACCCAUAAUGCAAUGAAAAACUAGACCGAAAUGCCAGUGUAGUGAACUUGACCUUUGUUAAUUGACCUUUUGUGCAACAUCUAGAACAACAUUUCUGGGGGUUAUAGUUUUAUUUUUAUAAUAUGUUUAGCCAGACAUGUUCAAAUAUGUGAAUUUGGUCGACAAUAACAUUAACCUUCAAUGGGUUCAUGGGGCUUCUCAGUUAUUAAGAAUGUAUUUCAAAAACUUUGUGACCAUUCUAGGGCAUUAAAAUGACAAAAUGGGAUAGAAUGGGUGGCAACUGUAUUAGAAAAUAUUGGAAAAGGGUUGAAGAUGGAGGUUAUAGUGUCUGUUUUUGCAAGCAAUGGAACGACUACACAGACUCUUAAAGGGACAGAGUCAUAUGGUCCCGUUCAUGCAUGCUUAAAAUAUCCCAUAUUACAGUAUGUUAAAACAUUGAAUAUGCAUAUUAGUCUUGCCUUUCGUUCCUUAUCACCACUGUUUCACUCUCGCUGGUCUAAGAAAGGGAUUAAUUGUCUUUAAUUGCAGGUGAAUAAUGUCACACUCUACACAAUAGAUCCUCAUGCAGUUAUUCUGAAAACCAAUCCUUCUCAUUCGUGAGGUUCAUAUUAACGUUGUGCAUUUAGGCACAUUUAUCAUUUAAAGGGGUCAUAUGAUGCUAUUUUAAAAGUUUAUUAUUUUGUUUAUUGGGUGUAAUGGAAUAGGUUAACAUGAUUUCAUGUUCAAAAAACACACUUUUCACAUAUUGUAAAUUAUUGCAGUACCUCUAUUUCCAGUCUGUCUGAAAUGGUCUACAAAGACCCUCCUUCUGAAAAGCCCAGCGAUCUGAUUGGACAGCUGACCCAGUGCUUUGUGAUUGGCCGAAAACCUCAAGCGUGUGUCGGAAAAGUAACGGCCUUUACCACAUAUAUAGACAUUCCCGGAAGUAAUAUCUGGCCUUCAAUAGAGGUCGAUUCGAUAAAUCCUUUUGUGGGAGAUUUUGUAACUUUGCAGAUCUUACAUGCAGAAACCAAUACAUUACACACUAAAAGCAUCAUAUAACCCCUUUAAUAAUGCUCAAUGUUUGUAUUUUUAUUUUCAUCAGAGUGUACGAAUAAGAUGUUGAAUGAUCUUUCUGGAGUGUGUUGAGCCUGCGAGGUUCAAAGCUAGAUGAUCAAAGUCAGACUGCACACUGUGCUCGGUGAGGUGAACUCCAGACACUCUUCCUGUGGAGACUUAAUAGCAGUGGACAUUCAAGGCAGGCACAAUGUUUUUAACUCCUGUUUCAAAAAGGCCAUUUUGACCGCAAUGUGUUAUAAAUUGACCUCCUGGUUUUCUUAUCAAUUGUUUAUUACAGGUCAAGCAGGUCUAUUGUGGCACAAUGAAUCUAAAAAUAGUCCUUUUUCCAAAGACAAUGCAUUUGUAAUUUGGCCAAGCGAUAUGUUGUAUGGCGUUAAAUGGACGAAUUCAUUAUACUCAGUUGCCCUGGUCUUUUUGUCCACUCUCUCCCCUUGACAAAAUCUAGGUUUUUCAAAACCAGGGAACUAAAUUACCUCAUAAAGUUGAUUGUAAACUUUAGUGUAGUGAUAACAAACCAGUGGAGUUUAUUUUUAUUCUUUAUUUACAGAAUUUUGUAUUUAAACCUACAUAUUUCUAUUGUAAUUACAUUGUAUAAAAGAUAAAUAAAUAAUAUAAUAUAAACAAUG